AUGUUCAUUUACUGCCCCCCGGGAAGUGGCAUAAAAGACUUCCACGCUCAUCCUUGCGUCCCCCCCCCUUCCAUCUCCUCCAUCCCCGUCUCCCCUUCUCCCUACUUUUCCCUAUCCGCCCUCUCAUCCCGGCAACGGCAACGGCAAAGGGCAACGGCAACGGCAAAGGGCAACGGCAACGGCAAAGGGGAACGGCAGUGGCAAAGGGCAACGGCAACGGCAAAGGGCAACGGCAGUGGCAAAGGGCAACAGCAGUGGCAAAGGGCAACGGCAACGGCAAAGGGGAACGGCAACGGCAAAGGGGAACGGCAACGGCAAAGGGGAACGGCAACGGCAAAGGGCAACGGCAGUGGCAAAGGGCAACGGCAACGGCAAAGGGGCAACGGCAACGGCAAAGGGGAACGGCAACGGCAAAGGGCAACGGCAGUGGCAAAGGGCAACGGCAACGGCAAAGGGGAACGGCAACGGCAAAGGGCAACGGCAGUGGCAAAGGGCAACGGCAACGGCAAAGGGCAACGGCAGUGGCAAAGGGCAACAGCAGUGGCAAAGGGCAACGGCAACGGCAAAGGGCAACGGCAACGGCAAAGGGCAACGGCAACGGCAAAGGGCAACGGCAACGGCAAAGGGUAA